UUACAAACAUUUCUAUUUAAUAACAAUUGCAGUCUUCCCUAAUACCAGCCUAAAAUCGGUGUCCAAUGCAGAAAUAGAUUGUUACAUCGAUGUUGCGUGAAUAGCGUCAAGAUGGUUGCACGCGAAUAUUUUUCGCUUAGGCCUGAGUCAACCUUGAAAUAAAGUGCUAAUACAUUCCAACAACACCCUGGAAUGGAUCCACAGCAGCAGUUUUGUCUAAAGUGGAACAGUUUUGGUAGCAAUUUAGUGUCUGCUUUCGACAACCUCUUCAAGUCGGAAAGCUUAACAGAUGUCACACUAUUUUGUGAAGGUGUAACAUUCAAGGCCCACAAGAUCAUCCUAGCGGCGUGCAGCAAGCACUUCCAGGACCUGUUUGAGGCAGCUCCGCACUGUCCCAGUGUCCUGGUAAUUCUUGAUGGCACGUCGUCUACCAACAUGUCGGCACUGCUGGAGUUCAUGUACAAAGGAGAAGUGCACGUUAAGCACGAGAGCCUCUCCAGCUUUCUCAAGGCUGCCGAAUGUUUACAGGUAAAAGGCCUUUCCAUUGAGCAUGAAAAAAUGGCUGAGGCUCAAGGAGAAGUUGACUUUGAGUCCAGGAUUGAUUCUCCCUCACGUAAUACCAAACAGAGCAAGACAAGUACAACGGAAACGCCAAAUGUUAAAGAGUCAAGCGAAGACUGCCCUCCUACCUCUAUGCACCCCCCUUCCACCUCCUCUUACACUCCCGUGAUGUCCCCCCACACAUACAUGCACCAUUACAUGCAGAUGCAGUACGACUCCCGUGGCAGCUCCCAGGGCCCCACUUCAUCACCCUACGAUGCCCCUCCCAGGAAACGUCCUCACCGUUCCCCUAGUGACUCAUCUAUCCGAGCCUCCGUGCUCAGGGAUGGCAGUAAGCCAGAGCGAGCCUCCCCUCUCUCCUUGACCUACUCCCGUUCCAAUACCCCCCCUCAUUCUGAGUACGCCUCUAGACAUCCCCCAUCCCCGGCAGCCUCUCGCUACGAGAUGAGUGGAGACAAUACCACCACUGUUACACCUUCAUCCGCUACUGCCACUCCGGCAGUUCCCUUUGACAGAUCUGCUGCUGUGGAAUCAGACACUCCCGCCGAUGCCUGGAACUCCUCCUCCAGUUGUCCUGAAGGUCCGGAGCGAGAACGUGUGAGACUACGGACCGAUAUGGCAACGCUGCAACUGCGGCGCUUUGCAAUUGGUCGCCGGUCAACACCUAUCUCUUAUUUACGGGUAAAACAAGAAUCACCGGCAACUGAAGAGAGAAGGGUUAAGACAGAGUGGGGCGGUUAUAGUAAUGAGGGGAAUGCCGAGCCACCCACCCCGGAGCGUUUACCGGCCAACAUGUGGCCCAUUAACUCAGGGACAAGUACAAAGAUAGUACCCUCUCACAAGGGUUCCACUGCCACCACUACUCCAGAUGGUAAGAAAUUACAAUGUCCAUUUUGUGAGCGCUUAUAUGGAUACGAGACGAAUCUUCGAGCGCAUAUCAGACAACGUCAUCAAGGGAUACGAGUGCCGUGUCCGUUCUGUUCGCGCGCACGUUCACACGUAACAACACGGUGAGACGACACAUUGCGCGCGAACACAAGACGGAGCUGAGUCCGUUCCAGCAGACGGAUCUGACACCGUUCCCUCAGACGGACCUCACCCCGUUCCAGCAAGCAACUCAGGUCCAGAACCACAACCAGUAGCCACCCGACACAAUAUACCUCAUUUGAUCUUCUUUUUCUAUUGCAUAUUUAAAAUAGUUAUAUUAUAUAUACAGAUGCAUUA